CCCCCGCGCCCGCCUCGCGCGCCCGCCUGGCCCCCUCGGCCCCGCCCCUGCUCCGGGGUGACGCGGGCCGGGGCGCGACGGUCUCGGCGGCGGCAGCGGAGGAGUGAGCAUAGCGCGGGGCCACCAUGGGGGCCCAGCUCAGCACGUUGGGCCAUGUGGUGCUCUCCCCAGUCUGGUUCCUGUACAGUCUGCUCAUGAAGCUGUUCCAGCGCUCCACGCCAGCCAUCACCCUCGAGAGCCCGGACAUCAAGUACCCGCUGCGGCUCAUCGACCGGGAGAUCAUCAGCCAUGACACCCGGCGCUUCCGCUUUGCCCUGCCGUCACCCCAGCACAUCCUGGGCCUCCCUGUCGGCCAGCACAUCUACCUCUCGGCUCGAAUUGAUGGAAACCUGGUCAUCCGGCCCUAUACACCCGUCUCCAGUGAUGAUGACAAGGGCUUCGUGGACCUGGUCAUCAAGGUUUACUUCAAGGACACCCAUCCCAAGUUUCCCGCCGGAGGGAAGAUGUCUCAGUACCUGGAGAGCAUGCAGAUUGGAGACACCAUUGAGUUCCGGGGCCCCAACGGGCUGCUGGUCUACCAGGGCAAAGGGAAGUUUGCCAUCCGACCUGACAAAAAGUCCAACCCCGUCAUCAAGACAGUGAAGUCUGUGGGCAUGAUCGCGGGAGGGACAGGCAUCACCCCGAUGCUGCAGGUGAUCCGCGCCAUCAUGAAGGACCCUGAUGACCACACUGUGUGCCACCUGCUCUUUGCCAACCAGACCGAGAAGGACAUCCUGCUGCGACCUGAGCUGGAGGAACUCAGGAACGAACAUUCUGCACGCUUCAAGCUCUGGUACACGCUGGACAGAGCCCCUGAAGGUGAGCGAGGGAGGCCCCUCACUGGGUGGGGGGGAGGUGCCAGCCCACAGUUCACCUUUGCCCAGCCGUUUGUGGCAUUGAGCCUUUGGACGACGUCUGGCACUCACUAUGACCCUGUGGGAGGCAGAUGGUGUGGCCCCGUCUCACAGAUGAGGAACGAGGGCUCACUGAAGCCACACAGCUGGAAACCACCACAGCCCAGCCUGGAACCCAGGUCCUUGCCUCCAGAGGCAGAGUCCUCUCCCGGGCGCACUGCACUGCCCGGCUGGGCAGAGAAGGCCGGCAUCCCCUCCCUGGUCGGGGCUCACUUCGGGGCAAGUCUCGGGGCAGCGGUGGCGGCUGCUGCUUCCACGUCCCAGCGUGCAUACUCUCAGGUGCUGCCGAGUACACCAAGGCCAUCUUCUCUCCCAUUGUCAGUCCUGGGGAGUGGGCUGGGCCGACGUUGGGGUUACCCUUGUUCCACCAGUGGCUAAGCUGCUUGCCAAGGGAGUUGGGGGAGAGCCAAGCUGGAGGCAGCGAGGGAGGGCCGCCCCACGCCCACCACUUGCAGUGAGGUUGCCUCUGGGAGUUAAAGCGCCCUUCGCUUUUCGGCUUCAGAUAGAGAUGUAGGUCUAAGUAAUAUCUCAGUUUCUUCUUUGCUGUAAGAAAAGCAAAGCUCAGCCUUCCCUAGGAAUCAUUCUGGUGAUGCUUAGCCUCAGGGCUGAGAGACUGGGGAGUGGCGGGGACUGCGGUAAAUUGGAGCGCACCUGCCUGGUCUGGAGGACACAGCCCCAUCUGCCGUGGGCAGUCCUGCUGUGGAGUGUAGCCCUGUGUGGCUAGGGCCUCUGCUUUUCAAGAGAAGCUGGGGACCUGCAUUUUCUGGGAAAUUUCUAAGCGUUGGAAGCACCAUUUUUGAACAUCCAUGUGAGCGCCAGUUUGGGGUCUCAUGUCCUGCUAUCUGCUCCUGCUUUGCCUCCGGCACCUCCUAUGGCCCCACAGUUUCCCCAGGACUAAUCCACGGUGGGGGGCGCACACCCUCUGCUGAUGAUCCACAGCUGGGGGUGCAUACCCUCUGUUGAUGAGGGAGCUCUGUCCACACCACCCUCCGCUCCUCCCAGAAAGGAGCACGUGGGCUCCAGGACUUGCACCACCUGGCUGGCACCUAGGAGCUAGGUCACCUGGGCCCAUCCCUGAGGGAGGAGCCGUCCUUCUCAGAUGACCAGCUUGGGUUCCAGGCCUCCAGGCUGAGAGAGCCAGGCCUGGAGGGGGCGGUGGAUAUGUGGGUUGUCACUGUGUCCGACCUUCUGCUGGACCUGCUGUCCUGGGUCAGCCCACCCCCUCCAGGUCGGCGGCUCCACCUGGUGUGCUCAGGAAGCCAACCUGACCCCGCAGCUGACCUUCCAGUGGGGGAGGCAGAGGACUAACAGGAAGCAGGUUUCUUAGUAAAUUAUAGCGCGGUUAUGGUGGCGGGGUUCCUGUGAUUCGGGGGGCCAAGCAGAGCCAGGCAGCGCCCGGAGCGGAGGUCGGCCAGGGCACUGGCUCUGGGAGUCUAGCUGCUGUUUCUCUUCUACUAACGAAAGGAGCAGGCCAAGCGUGGUGGCUCACGCCUGUAAUCCCAGCACUUUGGGAGGCCGAGUCAGGCGGAUCAUGAGGUCAAGAGAUCAAGACCAUCCUGGCCAACAUGGUGAAACUCCACCUCUACUAAAAAUACAAAAAUCAGCCGGGCUUGGUGGCUGGCGCCUACUGUAGUCCCAGCUACUCGGAGGCUGAGGCAGGAGAAUUGCUUGAACCCGGGAGGCAGAGGUUGCAGUGAGCUGAGAUGGCGCCACUGCACUCCAGCCUGGUGACAGAGCAAGACUCCGUCUCAAAAAAAAAAAAAGGAGCAUUUUAUCCUGUAUCCAUGUGUCAGUCUAAAGGGAGGAAGUGAUAGGCAGCUUUGCUCCCUUCUGACUGCAGUUUCUAAUAGCAUGGGCAGAGCCAGCUUGCUUCCAGGCAGGGUUUAGCCCCAUCCCGAUUCCAGAUGAGUGAUCCAGAUCCCUGGUGUAUGCAGGAGCCCCUGCCUUGUGGCCAGAGCAAGCCCUGGUCCCCUAGGGAGGGGCCAAUGCUGACCCCUGGUGGCAACAGGCAGCAGCACCUGCACCACCACCUAGGGACAGUUAGUUACCUGCCAAUGAGAGGAAUAGUUGAGUGAUCUCCUAGCAUUUUUCAUGUACAUUUGUUGCCACUGUGACCCACAAUUCAAGACUAGUUGAGGUACUGCUGUAGCAUUAGAUGUAAGCUGAAAUUCCAGAGAUUGAGAAAGAAAGUGGUAACAGGCCAGUCUGGCUGUACCGUAGCUAAGCCAAGGAUGAGGAGGGCCCCAAAGACUCCAGGCAGGGGCAGUGACUGUUUCCCCCACAGAGCCACUUCCAGGACAGGUACAGAGAAAAAUACACCAAGCCAUGCACGGUGGCAUGCACCUGUAGUCCCAGCUACUCAAAGCUAAGGCAGGAGGAUCACGUGAGCCCAGGAGCUCCAGGCUGGAGGGCAUUAUGACCACACCUGUGAAUAGCCACUGCCUGCCAGCUGGAGCAACAUAGCCAAUUCCCGUCUCUUAAA